AUGACAACUCAAGGUCAACCCACCCGUGUCACUCAGCUGGCCCAGACCAUCAGCGACUCUGUGGCAGCCUUGCAAGUCAGCUUGGCUGCAAAGGGUCUCCCCAAUCCAUCACUGGAUGAAGAUGCCCCUAUUGACUACUUCCCUCCCGAAUCCUUGGCGGCUCGCGAUGCCGCCAUCGACGCGGCUACCGAGCUCUUCAACAUUUUGAUGGAUCCAUUGGAUCUGCUCAAGCACCACAGCGGCACGAGCAGCUCUGUACCUCUCCAGUUCAUCGCCAGAUAUGGCAUCGCCAGCUUGGUUCCCGCUGGCGGGCAAAUAUCCUUCGCUGAUCUUGCCACAAAGUCAGGCCAGAGCGAGCAGCUUGUCACCCGCAUGGUCCGGUUCGCCAUGACAAUGCACAUCUUCAAGGAGCCCCGGCCCGGUUUCGUCGCUCACACGAGCACGUCCAAGUUGAUGGCGACUCCGGCUACGAGGGACUGGACGCUGCUCGGCACAGAAUAUUUCUGGCCUGCAGCUAUUAAAACAGUGGAAGCAUUGGAAAAAUGGCCUGGAUCCUCCGAGCCCAACGAGACGGGCUUCUCCCUUUUCAAGGGCACAGACCAGUCCAUCUACGACAUUGUCAGUAGUGACCCUACACUUGCGACUCAAUUUUCCACCUCCAUGGCCGUCUUUGCAAAACGCCCAGGCUUCGACCCCUCCCACGCCACUGUCGGUCACGACUGGGCCUCUCUCGCUGGGUCGGGCCCCAAUGGCCGCGCCCUGGUCGUCGACGUUGGCGGCGCCCGAGGUCACAUCGGAGUGGCGCUGGCUCAAAAGUUUCCAAACCUCGACGUCGUAGUGCAGGACUUGCCGCAGGUUGUGCAGGGCGCCGAGUCGGAGCUGCCUGUCGACCUGAGGGACAACGGGCGCGUCUCCUUCAUGGCUCACCACAUGUUCCACCCGCAGCCCGUCUCUGCCGACGCGUAUCUCUUCCGAUGGAUCUUCCACAACUGGUCCGACAAACAUUGCGUCGCCAUUCUUCGCGCUCACGUUCCCGUCAUGAAACCCGGUGCGCGUAUCAUCAUCAUGGAGAGGAUUAUGCCGGAUCCAAAUGACGACACUCCUCUUGCGCCACUUUCGCUGUGGAAAGAGAAGGAUAUAAGGGCGGAUGAUAUGCUCAUGAAAUCCGCAUUCAACUCACAAGAGCGAUCGCUGGCUGAGUGGAAGUACCUACUCACCGAGGCCGACCCGAGGUUCGUCUACCAGGGAGUUGAACAGCCAAAAGGGUCUACACUGGCACUUGUUACAGCAAAGUGGUGUUCGGCUUACUUAGGAGCCUCGAAAGAGGUAGGUGAAGAUGGCGAGUAA